UUUAUCAGCUAACAGCAUUACAUUUCACCAACUUUCACACAUAAUUGAUGAUGUAUUGAGUAGGUUCUUUCACCAUAUCUAGAUACUGACCUUCACUAGCAACAGGACCAACCGCUGCUGAGAUAGCAUGGUACUUAAAUUACUUCACGCCCUUAUAGCACGUGAUAAUACUAAUUUGAUAUUAGGUACAAGGUCAUCACUAAAACUACUACAUAACCAGAAUAUUUUGAAAGAUUUCUACAUAUUAACCUUUGAUAGUGUAGAUUAAUUAUCACAUACAUUACCCUUUCAACUCUUUAACUGUUAAAUACUAUGCUGCCAUCAGUGGAUAAGUGUGAUGCAGUUAUGGUGUAUGCUGUUUGUAUCUGUGGUUGUACCAUGUAAUUUGCUACAGUUCUCUAAUUUUAGAAAUUGAAGAUAAUAUUUAUGACAGCUAUAAUACCAAAUAACAAAACAAGUGCAAUAAAAUUUAAUUUGUAAAGCCAAAAGAUGGUUAUAAAAACAACUUUCCUAGUUUUGCCAUUAUUGUUUUCCAUGGCAUCUACUACAAUAAUAUAUUCCAACACAGCAUGCGUUAGUGACAACUUAGAUCCUUGUAAAAGACAUCCACGAUUCGAACAAAGUGUGUGGUGUGAAAACAUCAACGACAUGAAGACUUUUAUUCGCGUUCUACGAUGCAGCUCGAGGAGAAAUAUGCAGGAGGUAUUUCUCGAGAAAUCUUCUCUUGAUUUUUUACCGCUUUACAUUCUAGAUUUCUGUGGAUUUCUCGUUCUGAACGUUAAGUCUGUGACAUUAUCCAAGCUAUUGGAGGGUAACGUUCUAGUUCGCCUGGAACAGUUGAAGCUGGACGAUGUUCUAUUCAGGGACUCUUGGUCGUGGGAACCUUUGAGCGUUUUAAGACAUUUGCUGGAAUUUUCUGUAGCAAAUAUGGAGGUGACGCACUUAGAUGGUAAUCUUUCAGACCAUUUGAAUGAAAAUCUCAGAAGUUUAACUCUUAAGUCAACGAGUACGAACAUUGUUAGAUCUGAAGCAUUAACGAAAUUCACUGAGUUGAAACAUUUUUCGAUGGAAAAUAAUCAUAUUACUGAGUUGAAAAGGAGCAUGUUUCCUAUACCAGCUAAAAUAAAGUUUCUUUAUUUAGGGCGAAAUAAGUUAACUUCGUUACCAGAUGAUAUUUUCGAUGAAAUGCCUUAUCUGGAGCGGGUAGGCUUAGAAGGAAAUUUAAUAUCUGAAAUCCAUUCGAGAACAUUUGAACCUGUAUGGAAUAAUUUAGACGUAUUGCUACUUGAAGGUAAUCCUUUAAAAUGUCAUUGCAAACUGCUAUGGUUGGCGAAAAAGAAAUCACCAGAUGUGUUUACCGGUGAAUGUUUUGCACCAAAAGUAAAGUAUGGAAAAUCAUUGAAAAGUUUAACAUCGCAUGAUUUUCGUUGCUUUUUAAAGCACUGAUGAGAUUUGACAGUGUCAGAAAUCUCAUCCACAGUUUCACGACUCAGGGUAAAUCUGCUUCAUUUUUUAUAAAUCAUGACUUAGUAUUGACGAAACUGAAGGAGAUGAUCUAAGCAUUAAGGCCAGUAUUACAAACGCACAAAAUACUCAUUGUGAUUUCAUUAAAUGUUUUUAUUGUAUUGUGAUAAAACUCUGUAAUAAUACUUCAUCGUAAAAUUACUGUACUUUAUAGUAUUGAUAUUUUUGGUAAAAAAAAAGCAAAACUUAAUUUUGGUUCAUAAUAUCAAAAUAUAUAGUAUUUAAACCAUCCAUU